AUGGCAGAGUGGAAUUACAACAACAUGAACCAUCUUAGUUUAAAUUUACCACCAAGUUUUCAACCUGAAAAUAGUUCUUCUGGAAGUUAUUUCAAUCAUCCUGUCAGUGCUCCUUUGAAUUUUGGCAAUCCAAGUCAAAUCAGAUAUAGCAAUUCUAAAUUUCAAUUUGGAAGUGAUUCAGCUCAUGUUAGCUUAACUUUGCCAACUUCAUCAAGUUCUUAUGAAAUGUCAUGGGAAAUCAACAAAACUGUAAAUCAACAUGUCGUGUUACCUAUGGUGACUGAACCGCAACAGCAGUGGCUGAACACGAUGAAUCAACGAAAACUGGAUCAGCACUUUCUCGAUAAUUUUAUUCAGGUCCGAAUCAUUCCACGGAAUUGUCUGCCGUCAGAUCAAAUGAACGAGUUCCGGGACUUGGUUAAAGAGGCUAAAAGACUGACUGACCGUUUGAAAGUAGCACAAGAAACAAGUAAAGUCUGCGAGAACCCCAACGAUUCCCAUGAAUUAGACCAAAUAAAAGAAAGGCUUGAAUUUGUCAAUGAACAAAUUGAGGAUCUUGCGACCUCAAAGGAAAUCAAAGGAAAAUUAACUAAGAGAAGGGAGAAAAGAGAAUGGCUGAAACGUAAAAAGGAAAGGCAGAAGAAAGAAGCGGAGGAAGCAUUAGUGCGGCGGGAAAAUUUACAUAGACUAAUUGAUGAUCAAACUGAAGCUAUCAGAAGAACGGAAUUGAGCCGUAAAAAGAGUCUAGAAGCUAAACGAGAAGCCGAUGUUAUAUUGGGUGAAGUUCGUCGCAAACGGAAUGACACCCAACGUAUCGGCCAGCUGCUACAGUCCUUGAGAGAUCUGCGCGCUUUGAGAGCACGUUCUCUGGAAUUAGGACGCGCUCUUUUUUCUAAGCAGGAAGACACAGACCACUUUAAUAGUACACUAGAUCAAUUAAAUGUGAUCAUAAAGAAGAAGUCGGCAGACUAUGAAGAUGAGGAAAAGACGUUGACAUCGAUGAUGAACGAUCAUAAUGAUUCCAAAAAAUCUGAAGGCAUAAUUCAAAAACUGUGGAACAAACGCACAGUAUGAAAUGACCACCAGAGAGAUUAAUCAAUUUUUAAGCGCUUCCUUGAGUUCAGCUAAAAGCAUGGACCCAAUGAUCAUCUUCUCGCAAGAAACAGUCAAUUUGGGAUUGGCCCCAACCAAGAUUGUGACUAAAACCAAUGAUUUAGAUGACAGCGUUUGUCCGGCGAAUCUAUAAAGAAAAAGAAAAAAAAAUUUAAUCAUCAUUCGUUUAAACAAGGCAAAU